CCUGAAAGGGCAGGUGUUAACCAGUAGUUUAACCAGUUACAGAUAAAUAGCUAAUUUUGAGUAUAUUCUAUAUUACUCAGUAGUUCUUACGUUUUACGUUGAAUAUUUACAUUUUUGAGGACAAUGACUGGUAAAGGAUCACUGAUGACAUUGAGAGGGACAAUUGUUAAUGGAACAAAGCUGAAAGUGCCAGAGGAUGAAGAUGCAGCUGGGUUUGGUGAUGAUUCUCCAGCAAAGAAGAUGAAGGCGUCUCGUACUAAAUCACUCCUUACGGAUGGAGCCGAUGAGUUUGAAACAGCAUGGUCAGAUGCUGUCAGAGACAUCAAUCUCCUGUUCUCGAAAUACUCAGAGGUGCUGCGAGAGAGAGCCGCCGUGGAUGCAUCACAGAUUCAGGAGCUGACAGAUAUUCUGACCGAGGCCAUGAACUUGGAAUCACAGCUUAAGGAAAAGAAGGAACACCUGAGACAGUCUUUGGCUAUUAUUUCAGACAAACUACAGGGCUAG